UGACAAUGUCAAAAAUUAAAUUCAAAACUCCAUGCUCCAAAACUCUUACGAAGAGUAAAAUAAAUUACUUUUUAAAAUAAAACCGAUUGUAUAAAAAAGUUGUAACUAACAUUAUAAGUUAUAAGAAUUUUUAGUAUAAAAAUCGAUAUCAAUUAUUUGCGAAUAACAUGGCUUCCCCAUCACCAAAGUCGCCCGAGCAAAGUGAAAAGAACAAACAGUAUGACCGGCAACUACGAUUGUGGGGUGAUCAUGGGCAAGCUGCUCUAGAAAAUGCCCAUAUAUGUUUGAUAAACGCCACUGCCCUUGGUACGGAAAUAUUUAAAUCGAUUGUUCUUCCUGGCAUAGGGGCUAUUACUAUCGUCGAUCACAAUAUAGUCACUGAAGAAGACAUUGGUAGCAAUUUCUUUUUGGAGUGUUCCAGCAAAGGUUUAAAUAGAGCUACCGAAAGUCUACGACUUCUGCUAGAAUUGAACCCUGCUGUGCAGGGUCAUGCUGUGCAAGAACCAACUGAACAGAUAUUGCUGGAGAACCCUGACUUUUUCAAAUCUUUUAGUGUUGUAAUAGCCACAUCUCUUGGAGAAAAAAUUAUACAAGAUUUAGCUCAACACUUGUGGGAUAUUAAUGUGCCCUUGAUAUUAUGUAGAUCUGUUGGGUUUUUGGGAUCUUUUAGGAUACAAAUAAAAGAACAUGCAAUUAUUGAAACUCACCCUGAAAAUGAGCAAAUAGGCUUAAGAUUAGAUGUGCCAUUUCCUGCUCUUGUUGAAUAUUUAGAUUCCUUUGAUAUUGAAGCUGUUGAUUUAAAAGAUCAUGGUCACAUUCCCUGGAUUGUCAUCUUAUACAAAGCUGUUCAAAAGUGGCAACUUAGAAAUCAAAAUAGAUGGCCUAUGAGUAGAAAAGAGAAAAAUGAAAUUAAAGAGAUUAUCCAGGAGUUCAUCAGAAAAGAUGAAAAUGGUAUACCUAUUGAAGAGGAGAACUUUGAGGAAGCUCUCAGAGCUGUGAAUACUGCUUUAGUUCCUACCUUUUUACCUGUAAAGAUUCAAGAACUUUUGUAUUGUAGUUCUGCUACUAAUUUAACUAAGGACAGUUUACCAUUUUGGAUAAUGUGUUCAGCAUUAAGAAAUUUCAUUGAAGCUGAAGGAAAAGGCAAGUUACCACUGAGAGGUGUGUUACCAGAUAUGACAGCUUCAACAGAUCAUUAUGUUAAACUUCAAAGUAUGUAUCGCAUGCAGGCUGCCAUGGAAGCAGAGAUAGUAUACAGGAAGGUGCAGGAAAUAGUUGCACAACUGCAUUGCGAAAGUAUUAGUGAAGCUGAAGUAAAGUUAUUUUGCAGACAUUCACAUGAUUUACAUCUUAUAAAAGGGUCUAAUAUUGCUAUGGAGUAUCAAUUAGGCAGUAAUACUGUAGCAUCUUACAUUGCCAGGUAUUUAGAAGAGCCAGAUGUGAUGAUGGUUCAUUAUAUUCUUUUAAGAGCAGCUGAAAUGUUUCGUUCUGAGCAUUGCCGAGCACCAGGAGAGUGGGAGCCGGAAGCAGAUAUAGCUAAGCUAAAAACUUGUGUUUCAAAACUGCUCACUGAUAUAUCCUGUUCACCUUUCCCUAAAGAUGACCAUAUCCAUGAGAUGUGCAGAUAUGGUGGGGCAGAGAUUCACAGUGUUUCAGCAUUUUUAGGUGGCUGCAUUGCCCAUGAGGCAAUAAAAAUAGCAACUAAGCAGUACAAUCCUGUUAAUAACACAUUUAUAUAUGAUGGGGCUUCAACUAAUACUGCCACGUUUACAUUUUAAAUGCUAAAUAAAUAUGAGUGAGCAUU